CGCGUUGUGUCGGAAACAUUUGACCGAGGAUAUUUAGUAAACACAGUUUCAGAAGUUGGAAGUUUUUACUUUAUCAUGUUUUAACUCAAGUUUCUAUUUACAGGACGACACGCGAACGCAAGGACUGGACCUGGAUUUUCCGUGUCUCCACCAACCGACGAUCCGAGAGGAAAACGCGUUGUCGCACUUUUUCCUGUUUCUGGAUGAGCCAUUUUCUAAAUUCUACUCAUCUAUCCUGGGAAGCAAGCUAGGAUACCAUUCAUGUUAAUAAGUAUAGCACAUACCAUAACACACUAGUAGCUGCUAAUUACUAAUUAAUGGGUUAAUUAGCGGUUGCUAAAACGUGCAUUAAGCGCUGAUGAGAAUCAUACAGCGAAAACUGGUCCCUAGUGGACCUGCAUUAUCUAUAGUGCAUUCUGAUUAUGAUUUACGAGUCUGUGCAUAGGGAAUGGCAACGAGGCAAUUGGAACGAGGAUUGUUGUUAAAACGCGAGCUAUCGAUUUUUCAGACAUUGUUUCAGUUAUACAUCGAAGUUUACUGGAAACCGCAACCAGUUUAAAUGUAAACUUGUCCCCGUGGUUAAAUGGUUCUACCAAAUGGUACAUUUGUACUACGAUUUAGGAUUUUGUGAAUAGAUUGGCUUGUCAUGGGAACGAGGAUUGCUACUGCAGCGCCAACCAGCGAACGCUAAGGAAUAUAUUCAGUUUUGCCGGCAUCCGACUUGAGUCGGUGCCAUUUUGAAUUGAUGCAAAGAGCAAAUACACAAAAAUGCUAUGAACUUGGAAAAGUGGAAUAACAUGCUUUCGAGACAGCAGGGAUCUAAACUCUCUUUCACACAGACGAUACAAGCUAUACAUUUGCUGAGGACAAGUUCACUGGAAAUGUUUUCUUGAGCUCGGAAUCACUCGGAAGUUGUGGAUAGGCUAAAUCCCCCUAGUUACUCUUAUUGAAUCAAGGUGGUGCCGCAACACGUCUUUAGUUUCUUCUUAUGAACCUAGAGGGCGUCCUAAAAAUCUUACCAACGAUCGGAUACGAUAUUUAGAAAGAAUAUCCCACCUUAACUGGAAAAAAAUUGUACCUUCUAUUUCAAGAUGCCGACGGACCAUCCAUGUGCCUCUCAGGACGAAACUCUCAAACAGUUGCUAAGCAACGAAUCGGAAGUCUCGGAUAUUAUCGUUCCGAUCCCGGGACUGCGUGACUUCAACUUUGGAGUAAUAAUCUGGGCUCUUGGUGCCAUCAUCCCGGCAGGGAUUGUUUUGAACACAAUCAACUGUCUGAUUUUCUCGCGGCUGCGGCGAUACAACCGCGGUUUCUGCGCACCGACCGGGUAUCUCUUUCAUACCCUCGCCAUUGUUGACAUUUUGUACCUCGUUCUCGUAUUUUUUAUAAGUUUUCUUCCUUGUGCUUUUCUAAACAUUCCGGGCGUGCCGUGUCUCUUUCUGGAUUACGUAAAAGUCCGCAUCAUGGCCGAGCGAUACGUGACGAUGGCAUUGGAGGGCGUCCGCAUGGGGGCGCUAUGGGUUUUCGUCGUCUGCUUAUUAGAGCGGAUCGUAGCAGUUCAUGACCCUGCGCGAGCGCCAUCUGUGGGAAUAUGUCAAUGCUCUUUGAUCGUGGUUUUUUGUUCCUGUCUUGUGUGGUGUGUUUUAGAUUUCGUCUGGACGGAAAUACUCGGAAUCGUCUUGUACAAUUAUAAAAUCUGGGCCUUUCUAAUCACAUUAGGAUUACCAUGUGUCAUAAUAUGCUUCACGACCAUCCCACUUAUUUUCUGGCUGUGUGCAAAGAGAGGAUCGUGGCACAAAUACCCGCCGGAACUUGCAGAAAUCCAGGGGGCGCCAUGUGUCACUGCGCGUUGCGUAGCAACGUCCGCCAUGGUGAUACUUUUCAAUGUCCCCCUGGUGGUGGAAAAAGUAAUUCACGUUUUCAUGUCAUUGGAUAUUAUCAAGCCGUCGCGUUUCACGGAGUACAUACACGCAUAUGAACUCGUUGCAUUGCUAUUCAUUUGCAUGCUGGCGGCGUUUAAAUUCAUUGUUUAUACAGCGUCCGGGGAGGAUUUUAGAUUUGAACUGGGGUGCCAUAAAACACGGACCGACAACGAAAACGGGUAAAUUGCUACGUCAGUUCCUGCAUUUCUCGAUAGGGGACGCGUCGUUAUUGGCUGUGAUUGCAGGUUAACACUGAACGCGAUUCCGGCAACGCAUGCGCUUUGUAACUUCACAAAAUUUGGUUUGAACAGCUUCCCUCCUGGCUACACUUUGACUUUCUCACGAGACUGGUGUGGUAUUUUGUGACGUCACGUCGUUACCAAGCGCAGACAGACCUUUGAAAUACAGAAAGCACAUUACUUCGUUCUUCAAUCGAAUACGCCAAUAUCUUGGCGAAUUAGUAUAUUCACAAUUUUUUAUCAACACCAGCCAUCUUUUUAUCUGAUUUUGAAAAUGUAUAUGCAAGUCCGAUGUCAAAGCGGUAAUAUGUCAUUCUCCUUCAGCAGGCUUUUGUAUAAUACGCAAUCAAAACCUCUCUGAAAUUGGGCCGAUUUGGUUUAAUGUCAGGGACAUUACAUCAAACACGCAUCAUACCCCGCUAUCCCUUCCUGGCCUGACCUGUCGUUGCAACAGAGACCUUGUAGUAAGUUUGAACUGAGCUGGCCCAGCAACUCGGAUGAUAUAUAACCCCGCGUCUGCGGGUGGCCGAAAUUGGCCUCCGUUCUGUACGAUGAGAAAGCCUGCGAAGGGAGGAUGACUCAUUCGAUAGUUACGCAAUAGCCAUGGGUGUGACUACACAGCUAUACAAAGGACCCUUUUUUAUUUUAUACCACUUUCGGAUGAUAAAUGUGUUUUUAUUCAUACAAAUAAAGUAUUCGUUUAA